CUAUUUGACUUCCUAUUUCCGGUUAAAAUGGCACAGAAUGUCCAGGUGUGUGAGGUGCCUCAGGAAGUGGUCGACAAAUUAAAAAAAUUCAGAUUUAGAAAAGAGAAAAAUAUUGCUGCAAUCAUGUUAAAAGUUGAAAAGAAGACUAUGAAAAUUAUCAUCGAAGAAGAGUUUGAUGACUGUACUAUUGAUGAACUGCAAGCAGAAUUACCCGCGUCCCAGCCUCGCUAUCUGGUAAUUAGCUAUGUCCGACAUCACGACGAUGGAAGAGUAUCGUAUCCUCUCUGUUUUGUCUUCAGUAGUCCUGUAGGAUGUCAUCCAGAACAACAAAUGAUGUAUGCUGGUAGUGUUCUCUGUUUAAUUCAGACCUUGGGCCUCACAAAGACAUUUGAUAUCAGAAAUCCAGAAGAAUUUGACGAGGAAUGGCUGUUGCAACAGUUGGGCAAGGUGUAACUGAUCUCAGCAUUUUGGAAUGGACCAUCAUCCAGCAGUAUGGAGGCAAUAGGUUCUGCCAUCUUCAUCUAACUUAACUCAGGCAGUGCAAGCAUUCUUAUGGAAAGGGACCAUCAUUUAGUCCAGAGAUUCCAGUGGGGCCAUAUACCUAUUGUGCUCGGUUCUGUUUUUAUCAUCAGACUCCUUUAAGUCAAUGAUAUUUUUAAAUGAAGAUAGUUAUGUAUUACUUUUAUGUAUUGCUUUAAAUAUAUUGCUUUGAGAAUAUCUACAUGUAUUUGAGCCUCCUUUUUUCAUUUGAAAUUAGGUGGAUAAACAUGUACAUGUAUAAAAGAAUAUUUUUAAGAUUUACUUCUAGUUUUUAAAACUAUACCCCCACCUUUAUCUCUCAACAUCUUUGUCAUGAUACAAUGUGCCAAGAAUGUGCGGCUUGCAAACUAUUUGUUUUGAUUGAUAAAGUAAAUACACAAAGUACGCGCAAAAUAAAGUCAAUGAAAACUAUU